UCACCAGGUAAGGGGAAGGAACGGAGGGGGCGGGGCUCCUGGCAGAAAGGGCGGGGAGGGACUGAGCAGGGAGGCAGGGCCACGUUGCAGGCCGGGGGCGGGGUCGAGCCCCAGGCAUGCGCAGAAGGCGCCUCAGCUUUCAGACUACGAUUCCCAGAAGUCCGUGCUCGCCUCAGAGGCAUUUUCCAAAGAGGGCGGGCCGUCCCUCAUGUCACUUCCCCCACCCCUCUUUCAGACUCUCAUGGUUGUUUGUGUAGCUCCUUCCCUUUCUCUGUCCUGGGCUGACGUGUGACAGGGUGAGCGGGCCCAGUCCUCGGCGCAGCCGGCUGCGGGGCUCUCCCUUCUGUGGCCUCUGCUCUGCCCCAGGAGGACAGCCUGUAGGAAGAGGGAAUGGCUUCUGCCCUGACAGCCAGGCCCGGGAAGGAAUCAGUGACAUUCAAGGAUGUGGCUGUGGAAUUCACCCAGGAAGAGUGGGUACAAUUGAACCCAUCUCAGAAAAAGCUGUACAGGGAUGUGAUGCUGGAGAACUAUAAGAACUUGGUCUUUUUGGGAUUUGCAGUUUCCAAACCAGAUGUGAUCUACCAAUUGGAAAAAAAGGAAACAUCUUGGAUGCCAGAGCCAGAUAUUCCAAAAAGCAACUGUCCAGCUCUCCCUUCUGUGGCCUCUGCUCCGCCCCAGGAGGACAGCCUGGAGGAGGAGGGAAUGGUUCCUGCCCUGACAGCCACGCCCGGGAAGGAAUCAGUGACAUUCAAAGAUGUGGCUGUGGAAUUCACUAAGGAAGAGUGGGUACAAUUGAACCCAUCUCAGAAAAAAUUGUACAGGGAUGUGAUGCUGGAGAACUAUAGGAACUUGGUGUCUUUGGGAUUUGCGGCUUCCAGACCAAAUGACAGUGACCAGUUGGAAAGAAAGGAAGUGUCUUCCCUGCCAGAGGCAGAUAUUCCAAGAAGCAGCUGUCCAGAGAGCAGAGAAUUUGCUGGAGAUAAACCUCUUGAAUGUAAUGGAUAUGGGAAUGCCUUCUGGAGCAAGGAGCAUCUUGCUGUGUGUCAGAUAAUUCGUACUGGAGAAAAACCUUAUGAAUGUAGUAAAUGUGGGAAAGGCUUCAGGAGUAAGUCUGAGCUUACUGUGCAUCAGAGAAUUCAUACUGGAGAGAAGCUUUAUGACUGUAAGGAGUGUGGGAAGGCUUUCCCCUAUAACUCAUUUCUUACUCAACAUCAAAAAAUUCAUACUAGAGAGAAACCUAAACCUUUUGAAUGUAGUGAAUGUGGAAAGGCCUUCAAGAUUAAGAAACAACUUACAGUGCACCAGAGAGUUCACACUGGAGAGAAACCUUAUGAGUGUAGUGAGUGUGGGAAGGCCUUCAGGAUUAAGACACAACUCACAGUGCACCAGAGAGUUCACACCGGAGAGAAAAAUUAUGCAUGUACUGUGUGUGGGAAGGCCUUCAGGAUUAAGACACAACUAAUACUGCACCAGAGAGUUCACACUGGAGAGAAACCUUAUGAAUGUAGCGAAUGCGGAAAGGCCUUCAGGAUUAAGACAAAACUUACACUGCAUCAGAGAGUUCACACUGGAGAGAAACCCCAUGAAUAGGAAUGUGGAAAGGCUUUCAGGAGUAAGGAUCGUCUUAUAGUGCAUCAGAGAAUUCAUACUGGAGAGAAACCUUAUGAAUGUGGUGAAUGUAAAAAGGCCUUUAGGAGUAAGGAACAAGUUAAAGUACAUCAGAGAGUUCAUACUGGAGAGAUGCUUUAUGAAUGUAAGCAGUGUGGGAAGGCUUUCCCGUUGAACUCACAUCUUAUUCAACAUCAAAAAAUUCAUACGGGAGAAAAACCUUAUGGAUGUAGGGAAUGUGGAAAGGCCUUCAUGAGAAAGGCACAUCUUAAUGUGCAUGAGCAGAUUCAUAUUGGUAAGUUUCUUUUUGAAUGUAAGGAGUGUGGGAAGGGUUUCGCAUACAACUCAAGUCUUAUUCGACAUCAAAUAAUUCAUACUGGAGAGAAACCUUAUCAGUGUAGUGAAUGUGGGAAGGCCUUCAGGAUUAAGACACAACUUACACUGCACCAGAGAGUUCACACUGGAGAGAAACCCCAUGAAUGUAGGGCAUGUGGAAAGGCUUUCAGGAGUAGGGGUCAUCUUAUAGUGCAUCAGAGAAUUCAUACUGGAGAGAAACCUUAUCAGUGUAGUGAAUGUGGGAAGGCCUUCAGGGUUAACACACAGCUUACGCUGCAUCAGAGAGUUCACACUGGAGCGAAACCCCAUGAAUGUAGGGAAUGUGGAAAGGCUUUCAGUAGUAAGGAUUCUCUUAUAGUGCAUCUGAGAAUUCAUACUGGAGAGAAACCUUACGACUGUGGUGAAUGUAAAAAGGCCUUUAGGAGUAAGAAACAACUUAGAGUACAUCAGAGAGUUCAUACUAGAGAGAUGCUUAAUGAAUGUAAGGAGUGUGGGAAGGCUUUCCUGUAUAAGUCACAACUUAUUCAACAUCAAAGAGUUCAUAAUGGAGAGAAACCUUAUGAAUGUGGUCAAUGUCAGAAGGCUUUCCGGACAAAGGCAUCUUUUACUCUGCAUCAGAAAAUUCAUUUUGGAGACAUUCCUUAUAAAUGUAAAGAGUGUGGGAAGGCUUUCCUCUACAACUCAGAUCUUACUCGACAUCAAAACAUUCAUACUAGAGAGAAACGUUAUGAAUGUAGUGAAUGUGGGAGGGCCUUCAGAAUUAAGUCAGAGCUUGCUGUGCAUCAGAGAAUUCAUGCUGGAGAGAACCUGUAUGAAUGUAAGGAGUGUGGGAAGGCUUUCCCCUACAACUCACAGCUUAUUCGACAUCAAAUAAUUCAUACUGGAGAGAAACCUUAUCAAUGCACUGUGUGUGGGAAUGCCUUCAGGACAACAGCAGGUCAUACUAAGCAUCAGAGCAUUCAUACUGGAGAGAAAUCUUAUCAAUGCACUGUUUGUGGGAAGGCCUUCAGGACGACAGCAGGUCAUACUAAGCAUCAGAGCAUUCAUAUUGGAGAGAAACCUUAUGCGUGUAGUGAAUGUGGAAAGGCCUUUAAGAGUAAAACACAACUUACUGUGCAUCAGAAAAUUCAUAGUGGAGACAUUCUUUUUGAAUGUAAGGAGUGUGGGAAGGCUUUCCUGUAUAAGUCAGAACUUACUCGACAUCAAAGACUUCAUACUGGAGAGAAACCUUAUGAAUGUGAUCAAUGUCAGAAGGCUUUCCAGAGAAAGGCGUCUCUUACUGUGCAUCAGAAAAUUCAUUCUUGAGACAUUCCUUAUGAAUGUAAAGAAUGUGGGAAGGCUUUCCUCUACAGCUCAGAUUUUACUCGACACAAAAAUAUUCAUGCUGGAGAGAAGCCUAAUGAAUGUAAUGAAUAUGGGAACAUUUUGAGAGUGAACAUACACCUUUCUCAACACCAAAAAAUUCAUUCAGGAGAGAAGCCUUAAAUGUGUAAUGCAUGUAGGAAGUCCUUUAUACUGAGGAUACUACUUUAGUCCAUCAGAGAAUUUAUAAGAUUCCUCAUGAAUGUAAGGAGUCUGGGAAGUCCAUUGUAACUCAGAUCUUAUUAAACAUCAAAAAUUGAUGCUGCAAAAAAACCCUAUGUAUAUAGUGAAUGUGAGAAGGCUUUUGGAAAGAAGUUACACCUUACUGUGCAUCAGAGAAUUCAAAUUGGAGAAAUUCUCUAUGAAUGUGAGUAGUGUAGGAAGUCCUUCUCUCAGAAAGUCAGAUGUUACUCAACUUCACAUCAUACCUUAUGAAUGUAAUGUACACGGAAAGGCCUUCCACUUGAGUGUAGGUCUUACUCAAUAUCAGAGCAUUCAUACUAGAGGAACAUGUUAUGAAUGCAGUGAAUGUGAGAAGACCUUCAGGCUGAAGACACAACUUGCUCAACAUCAAAGACUUAAUUCUGGAGGGAAACCUUUUGAAUUUGGGAAAGCCUUUAGACGAAGGACCUACU